AUGGAGGUCGAAUCCGUCACCGCUAGGCGCAGGCUCGCCACCGUCGCCGCUCACUUCCCGGCAACCACUAACGAUCCCGUCUCCUCCGCAUCUCUCGCCCCCUUGAACUGCAGCAGCAGUUUAAACUCUGUCAUCAGAAGAUGUGACAACAAAAUCUCUUUCGCCCGCCAAGCAUCUUCGGAACAGGGUUUUUUUAUGAGGCAGCAGGCUUCGACCGACGAAGUACCAAACAGUGCUCAGAACGGCGGCAUCAGUUUGAAGAACUCUGUCAUUAGAAGAGGUGACCACAACAGGUUGUAUUUUGCUCGGCAAGCAUCUUCUGCACAGGGUUUUUUCAUGAGGCAGGCUGGCGAGAGGACCAUACCACAGGAGACUGCAUCUACCAAAACGAAUGGCUUCCUUUCUUCUUCACAAGAACCAUUACUUUCCAGACCUGAGUACGCCCCGCCACAGUUUUCUAAAGCCGCAAAACAGGACUUCUUUUUCCCUUCUGUAUCACCAAAUCAGCCAAAGGAAAACUGGAAACAGCCAUAUCAGCCUGACCUUCCUAAGUUGGCCAAUUCAGGGAGUGUUUGGUCUCCGAGAUUGAAUGUUGCAGAAUUUGAACACAACUAUAUUGUGGCAGUAGAGCUACCAGGGGCCAGUAUCAAUGAUAUAAGAGUGGAGGUCGACAACAUAAACCUGACUGUGACUGGUAGACGCACAGCUAUCUGUCACAGAGUUGAUGCAGGCACCAAAGAUUCAAUCUUUGGAUAUCACAAGCAAGAAAUACAACAAGGACCAUUCAAGGUUUCCUGGUCACUCCCCAGCAAUGUGAACAAGGAUAAUGUUUCUGCUGAAUUUAUGGAUGGGCUACUGAGAAUAGUGAUUCCAAAGCUCUGA